AUGAUCCGCCAAAAAUGGCUUCCCCAUACCAGGGCCAUAUUCGCCGCCCAGAAAAGAUGUCUUUCUUCUCCAAGCUCCGGAUUUCCCCGCUUCGUCAAAAACGAUGAGAGCUGGGGAGAUCUGAAGGAGAAGCUCAACUCGUCUCUGGCCAGAGCCAGUCCUGGUGGGAUCCUGAAGCCAAAGCCAGUAACUCGCACUCCAUUGAAGGAAGCAAUGGCUGAGGACCUUGGUUCCCGACAAAUGCUCGUCAUCGAGGGUCUGCCAACGUCGCUUGUCGCUGCUGACUUCCAUCGUCUUGCGCCAGGUACCCUCGCUGGCUGGGAAAACGCCAUCACUCAUGUCCACCAAGAACGCGAUCCCUGGACGAUGGAACCACUAGGCACAUACUCCAUAACCUUCCCCUCCAGCGGCGCCGCCGAGAUCUACCGCGACAGAGUCGAACGUAUCCUCCGCCUCGCCCAAGCAAAGAUGAGAGACGGCACAGGUCUCUGGGCCACCAACGUGAACCCGGUUCUCAUCAAUAAAAAAACCAAACCCGAAGUUGAGGUCGAGCGCUUCACACUCCUCCCGGGCUCAUACCCAUCCGCCCCUAAAAUCAAGACCAAACGGGUCAGAAAGAUGGCAUGGCAGCAAGUCAUGGAUCGAAUCGUUAAAAAGUCGUCCCAUAAAAGAAAUCCUAGCCAUGUGCUGCUUGAGCUACCGCAGGCGAGUUUCUCGGCGUCGGAGCUCAAGGCGAUCAUAAAGCAGGAUGGUAUAGAAAGUGGACACGAUUGGCAGAUGGAUGUGUUCAGUCUCAGGGAGACUAUGGACUUUGAGAAGGGGUUUCCCACAAACACCCGCCGAGUACCUUUGUAUCGAAGCAGCCCGGAGUUUCGACACAAGCUCGAUUCACGGUUUGUCCUUACCUGCGCGAAUCCUGAAGUUGCAUGGCGAUUCAUUCGUAAUUGGAAUCAGCGCAUUCUUGAAUACGACGGAGGAGACGAGGUUUUCCAACGUAACCGUGUAAAAGCAUCAUACAUUGAGACUUAG